CUUUACUCUGUGAGUAAUGAGAGCUGGACAGUAUUUCUGCUUGUCCUCAGUGAGUGUGUGAAGGUUCAUGUCAGUUUGGGGAAGACUCCCGACAGCCUCAGUGUGUGUGUGAGAGUGUUUGUGAAAGAGUGUGUGUGUGUGUGUCGUCGGUGUGUUUCCAGCAGUGUGGGAUCAGUGUGAUGGAAGAAUCAUGACCGCGGCUCUGGAGAAAUACUGCGGCUCCGUCUUCUGGAACUCGUCUUUCCUGCAGCGUGAGGACCCAGAUCUGCCGGUAUGUGUUGAGAGGACGGUGCUGGUGUGGCUGCCGCUGGGGUUCCUCUGGAUCUGCUCUCCGUUUCACUUCAGGAGUUUCUGUCAGAAAUCUGGCAAAACUCCGGCGUCAGCGCUCUACUACUGCAAACAGGUUGUGGCUGGUCUGCUGCUUCUGACAGCAGUUGCGGAGCUCGCUGUGACUCUCGGGGAAGACUUCGGUCCGUCCAGUGAUGAAGACGCUCAGAAAAACCCUGCAGUUCUCUACACCAAUCCUGUUCUGUUUGCUGUGUCAUGGAUAGUGGUGAUGUUGUGUCAGGAGUCGAUGCGGCACCGGCUGAUGUGUGUGGACUCCGGGAGCCUCUUCAUGUUCUGGCUGCUGCAGGUGGUGUGUGCUGUUUUCCAGUUCCAGACGCUACUGAGAGAAGCUCUCAUUCAGGAGAUCUCUGACGUGCCGCGCUUCUGCCUCUUCUACAUCAGUUAUGGGCUGCAGAUCAUCGCUCUGGUUUUAUCCGCCAUCGCUGACGUUUCGCCUGAAGCCAAAAAAGUUGCAGAAACGAAUCCUGAGGCUAAAGCAACGUUUCUCAGCAGAAUCACCUUUAACUGGUUCAACAGUAUGGUGUGGAAGGGCUUUAAAAGGCCUCUGGUUCAGGAGGACAUGUGGGAUCUGAACAAAAACGACUCCACGCACUUCAUCUGUCAGACGUUCGAGGACGUGAUGGCCAAAGAGCUGAAAAAGGCCCGCAACAGCCUGCAGAAGAAGAAAAACAAGAAACGCAAGACUGUAGAUGCUGAGGGUCAGAACGGACUGGCCAAAGGGGUCAGUCAGGACGUGCUGGUCAUGGAGACAGAAACAGAAAAAGAGAGCAAGAAGAAGAAGAAGAAGACGCAGAAGGACUCGGAUUCAGACUAUCCUCAGUCAUGGCUGGUUACUACCAUAGUAAAAACAUUUAAAGGUGUACUUCUGGAGUCUGCAUUCUUUAAGCUGAUCCAGGAUCUGCUGUCCUUCGCAAGCCCACAGCUACUCAAGUUAAUGAUAGCCUUCACUCAGGAUAAAGACAGCUAUGCGUGGACCGGUUACCUGUAUGCAGUGCUGCUGGUGCUGGUGGCGUUUCUGCAGUCGGUGGUUCUACAGCAGUAUUUCCAGCGAUGCUUCAUACUGGGAAUGAAAGUUCGCACAGCUAUCAUGGCAGCUGUUUAUAAAAAGGCGUUAGUUGUGUCCAAUGACUCUCGGAAGGAGUCAACGGCGGGAGAGAUUGUGAACCUGAUGUCCGCAGACGCUCAGAGAUUUAACGACGUCACCAACUUCAUCCACCUGCUGUGGUCGUGUCCGCUUCAGAUCGCGCUCUCUAUCGCCUUUCUCUGGAUCGAGCUCGGACCGUCUGUUUUAUCCGGUCUGCUGGUGAUGGUGCUGAUGGUGCCCAUUAACGGAUGGCUGGCCACCAAAUCCAGACAAUUCCAGAUGCAAAACAUGAAAUUUAAAGACUCACGCAUGAAAAUAGUGAACGACCUACUGAAUGGAAUUAAAAUCCUGAAAUAUUACGCCUGGGAAACAUCCUUCGAGGCUCAGGUUCAGGAGAUUCGGGAAAAGGAGCUGAAGGUGAUGAGGAAAUUUGCCUACCUGUCCUCCGUCUCCACGUUCAUCUUCUCAUGCGCUCCUGCUCUCGUUUCUCUGGCCACGUUCGCUGUGUUUGUUUCUGUGAGUCCUGAUAAUAUUCUGGAUGCAGAAAAGGCUUUUACCUCCAUCUCCCUCUUCAAUAUCCUGCGUUUCCCGCUGGCCAUGCUCCCACAGCUCAUCUCCAUCAUGGUCCAGACGUCUGUAUCUAAGAAGAGGCUGGAGAAGUUUCUGAGCGGUGAUGAUCUGGACACAACGACAGUCACACACGACAGCAGCAUCAGUGCCGCAGUGACCAUGACCAACGGCACAUACACCUGGGAACGAGACACAGAGCCAGUGCUCAGACAGGUUUCUCUGGACAUUAAACCGGGUCGUCUGGUGGCCGUGGUCGGAGCAGUGGGUUCUGGGAAGACGUCGCUCAUUUCGGCUCUGCUGGGAGAAUUACACAGCAUCAAAGGAAACAUUAACAUCAACGGCUCGGUGGCGUAUGUGCCUCAGCAGGCCUGGAUCCAGAACGCCACAUUAAAGGAUAAUAUUUUAUUCGGCUCUUCAGUGGAUGAGGAGCGUUAUCAGUCUGUGGUUAAAGCCUGCGCUCUCGGGCCAGACCUGGACCUGCUGCCGGGACGAGACCAGACCGAGAUUGGAGAAAAGGGCAUUAAUCUGAGCGGUGGACAGAAGCAGCGGGUGAGCCUGGCACGGGCCGUGUACAGCUCUGCAGAUGUGUAUUUACUGGAUGAUCCUCUGUCCGCUGUAGACUCACAUGUGGGAAAACAUCUGUUUGAGAAAGUGAUCGGGCCCAACGGACUGCUCAGAGACAAGACUCGUAUCUUGGUAACUCAUGGAAUCAGCUUCUUGCCCUAUGUAGAUGAGAUUGUAGUGUUGGUGCAUGGCGUCGUGUCUGAGAUCGGAUCAUACGAAAGUCUUCGAGCCAGUAAAGGAGCUUUCUCUGAGUUUCUGGAAACGUACGGCAAAGACGAGAGCAACAAAGACAACGACAAAAAAGCAGCAGCUCAGACACCAGAGUAUGAAGAGAUUGAGACGCUGCCGGAGGGUUUGGAGACGCAGGCCGAUGGAUCUCCUGAAGACGUUGUUUCCAGUACAUUAAAGAGAGAAAACAGUCUGCGCCACAGCCAGAGGCACUCCAAGAGGAACGGAAGUGUGAAGGUCAGAAAAAACAGCUCUAUUCGCGCUCAGAAAGACCCGGAGGAUAAGAAGGGUCAACGACUGAUUGAGAAAGAGACGAUGGAGACCGGAAGGGUGAAGUUUUCAGUGUAUCUGCAGUACCUGAGGGCCAUGGGCUGGUGGUACGUGGGCUUCAGCUUCGUCUUUUACUUCAUCCAGAACGUGGCUGUGAUCGGACAGAACCUGUGGCUCAGUGACUGGACCGACGAUUCUAUAGAGUAUUUCAACAAAACCUACCCCAACCACAUCAGAGACACCAGGAUAGGGGUUUUUGGAGCCCUGGGAUUAGCACAAGGUUUUCUGGUGUUUUUCGGCACUAUACUCCUCGCUGAUGGAUCCAUUUCUGCAUCCAGAACUCUACACACAAACCUGCUGUCCAACAUUCUCAAAGUCCCCAUGAUGUUCUUUGACACCACACCUUCAGGACGGAUCGUCAAUCGAUUUGCCAAGGAUAUAUUCACUGUGGACGAGAUGAUCCCGAUGUCCUUCAGGUCCUGGAUCCUCUGUCUUCUGGGAGUUCUGGGAACUCUGUUCGUCAUCUGUCUGGCUACUCCAAUCUUCACCGCGGUUGUUGUACCGAUGGCUGUUGUCUACUACUUCGUGCAGAGGUUUUACGUGGCCACGUCUCGGCAGCUCAGACGACUGGACUCGGUGUCUCGAUCUCCCAUAUACUCACACUUUGGAGAAACCGUAUCCGGCCUGUCUGUGAUAAGGGCGUAUGGACACCAGGAGCGCUUCCUAAAGCACAACGAGCACACCAUCGACCAGAACCUGAAGAGUGUUUACCCAUGGGUUGUUUCUAAUAGGUGGUUGGCCAUGCGUUUGGAGUCUCUGGGGAAUCUGGUGGUGUUUUUCGCAGCUCUGUUUGCUGUCAUCUCUCGAGACUCUCUGAACAGCGGACUGGUUGGACUGUCCAUCUCAUACGCAUUAAAUGUGACGCAGACGUUGAACUGGCUGGUGAGAAUGACGUCUGAACUGGAGACCAACAUCGUAGCUGUGGAAAGAGUGAGCGAGUAUGCGGAGAUCCAAAAUGAGGCUCCGUGGGUCACCAGUGUUCAUCCUCCUGAUGAUUGGCCCACUGCUGGAAACAUCCGCUUUGAAGACUACAAAGUUCGCUACCGUCCUGAACUGGAGCUCGUCCUGCACGGGGUCACGUGUGACAUUCAGAGCACUGAGAAGAUUGGCAUCGUGGGUCGCACUGGAGCAGGUAAAUCCAGCCUGACCAACUGCUUAUUCCGCAUCGUUGAAGCUGCGGACGGUCGAAUCCUCAUCGAUAAUAUCGACAUCGCCACGCUGGGACUCCACGAUCUGCGCAGUCGACUGACCAUCAUUCCUCAGGACCCGGUGCUGUUCUCCGGGACGCUGCGGAUGAAUCUGGACCCGUUUCAGACCUUCAGCGAUGCAGAGAUCUGGAAUGUUCUGGAGCUGGCACAUCUUAAAGAAUACGUCAGGGGUUUACCAACAGGACUUGAACAUGAGGUGUCGGAGGGCGGAGAGAAUCUGAGUCUGGGUCAGAGGCAGCUGCUGUGUUUAGCUCGAGCUCUGCUCCGGAAAUCCCGAAUCCUGAUUCUAGAUGAAGCGACAGCAGCGGUGGAUCUGGAGACCGACGACCUGAUCCAGAGCACCAUCCGUAGAGAGUUCUCCCACUGCACCGUCCUGACCAUCGCACAUCGCCUCAACACCAUCCUGGACAGCUCAAGGGUGAUGGUGUUGGAUUCUGGAAAGAUCGUGGAGUUUGAUUCUCCCAAUGAACUGCUGAGCAAACCUGGACAUUUCUCUUCCAUGGCUGAAGACGCUGGAAUCAGAAGAGAAGAAGAUCAGAGCCAAUCAUCCGCCUUCUGAAUGCUACAUUUGCAUAAAGACCAAACAUUAUUAACUUAACUGUCAUCGUAUACCAUAAUACAUAUUUAAAACAAUCUGAAUUUAAGCCUAAAUUAUUGUUUGACAAACUAGAUACAGCUAAAUGAUUUGCCUUACUGUGAAAGUUUAAUUGUUUUCAAAUAUUUCCCUGUAAGUGCUGUAUAGCAGAGCACAUUAUAUUUGUAGUAUAUCUUUCUUCUGGAGAAAGUCUUAUUUCUUUUAGAUUGGUUUGAAUAAAACAUAUUAUUUAAUAAAAGUGCUAAGGUCAAGAAAUGAGUUAUUAAUAAACUAUUUUUUCAAAAUGUGUUUUUUUUUUUCCUUUAAAUAUUCAGGAAAUAUUUGAAAAAUAAUUAAAAUUUGACAAGAGGCAUGAUAACUUCAUCUUCAGCUGUAUCAUUGGAAAGCUCUUGCAUUGUAGUUUUCAUAUUUGUCAACCGUUUUGCAGUAUAUAUUUUGUUGAGAUGGGAAUUUACUAAUUAAUGACAGGCAUUUGCAGCAAACAUAAUGUAUUGUGAAAGCUUUUUACUAUGAACGUCGAUAUAAACACACUCAUGAUAAUGCUGAUAGAAACCUCUGUUCAUUUUAACGGCAAGCCAAUAUGAUGUCUACUUCAUAAAUACUGUGAAAAGCAUGAAAAAUAUGGUUUAUAAUCACUCAAACCAUCGUAAAUAAUAAAAAGAAAAUGGGGCGCCCUUAUAAGGUCAUCACAGGAUGUCAACUAGUGGUCAUAUCUGGUACUGCGCUCAAAACAUAUUUCAGAAAGCUCAUUCUUUUGAGAUAUCAACUUUAAAUUCGUUAUAUAAUUUGUUCAGAAAUUAGAUUUUCUGGCAGGUUUAGAAUAAAACCAGUUUAAAAAAACACACAUUUAAUAUAACAUAAUAAAAUAUCAAUUUGUUUAAUUAUUUUAAUGAAGUUAAACCUUUUUCUAAAUGAACUUUCUUCACAUUUUUCACCAACAAUAUCAGAUAUCCUCUUUAAAAUGGACCAAACGUAGACCUGUGCACUGAAGCAUUGAAUAUUUACACAAUUUAACUCGAACAUAUUCACGUCUAUAUGCACAAAAGUGGAACCAACAGUUAAGAGGUUAAACAUUAAGGAAUUGUGUGACUUUUUCUCUGUAAUCCAAUUAUUUUUGUAGUAGUUUUUUAAUUUUAUCCAGCUUUUUUAAUGUUAUUGUUAUUGUUUUUUGCAUUUAUGUUGUUGUUAUUGUAUUGUGACAAUAAAGUGUAUUAAAUUGUA